AUUGUUAUCAUAAUAUUCCAUCUUUUCUUUCCACUAUUUAAACUUUAUGACAUCUGUGAUAAGAUACGAGAUGUUAAAUAUCAUAAAUUACCACCUUCCACUUUGAUCGAAUAUCAAUCAUCCUCUCCAGUUUCGUGCACACAGAACAGCUGUCCUCAACAAAUACCAAAAGAUCAAUGUAAUCCAAAUACUUCGUCAUUUCGUGAGCAUAUAGGAUGUAUUUCCGGAGCUGAUGAUGUAAGUUUGGUCGAUGAUGAAUUUACUUCACCAAUAUCACAAGAACGUGUAUCAGAAUCUUUACAGUGGACACAGCAAGCGGUGCAUGUUUCAUCGGAAGCAUUGAAAUUUGAUAUUUCAAGUGAAAUAGAACUACACCAAAGUACUCCUUCCAUUGCUACACUGGGAGUAGUGUCGGAUUUUUCAACAGUAGACGCAAAUUUAUCCAGGAAAAUUGUGAUUACACCGAUUGAAUGCAUUGUUGAUGUUUCGGAUGCUUCGGAAAUUUUAUGUCUCAAAUCUUUAGUUCCAACGGAUGAUCAACAUGUUCUUGACGACGAUGAACAACGUGAAAUGCAUUCUUCCUUAAAAGAGUGGCACGGCUCAUGUGGUAAAGUCGAACUAGUUCUUGAAUCACAAGAACUCGUUACAAAUGAUUUACCCCAAGAAAUGUUGAAUUAUGAAAAAAUUCCACGUGACCCUUCUCUUGAGUCACUAGUGGAAGAGCCCUCGCUGUUUCCUGUAAUACCCUCGUCCACAGUAAUUGAAGAAACGAAAAAUUCCGGUGAAAUAUACCCAUUGAACGACUCUUCAUAUAUACAUGAAGAUAUUAACAAUCUGAAACGUAACUCUGCUUCGUUUGGGGAUCUUCCCGUUGAUGUAUUCAUUGAAAUUUGUUAUCAUCUUCCUCCUACCUCUCUCUUUGCCCUUAUUGGCGUCAACAAAAAAUUUCGAAAUUGGUUGAAAUCUACCACCUCUCAUAUUACCACGGACAUUUGGAGAAUUUCAAGAAUAAAGUUCAUUACCUACUUACCGAGGCCGCCACCGGCCGGAAUCGAUGAGAUUACAUAUAUCAGGUUGGCGAUGCUGGAAAAAGGAUGUCAAUUUUGCGGUACAAAAUCCAUGACGCCUAAAGUAUAUUGGGCCUUCCGCGUGAGAUCUUGUGAAACAUGCCUUAGGAAAAGGACUACCACUCCGGAGAACCUUCCACAAUGGGCAAAAUCUCCAAUUGACAUUUCAACGAUCGUACCUUACGAAAAAGUUUCCGUUCCCAAUUCCAACACCGGUGCAAAAAUGGUGACCUACAUGAACUCCCAGCUAGAGGCGGCUCACCGAGAGUUCGCCUCUACCCCGCCCAAACACCGAACCAAUUGGGUUCUCAAGAAAAAAUCUUGGGUUUCUCAAGUUCUGACAAAUGUUCAAAAACGCGAAAGACUUGAUGAAUUGUAUUGUAAGAAAAAAUCAUCGGAAGAUUCGAAGACAUUCAAAGCAUUAGUCGAAGAAUUCAGAAACAUAAAGGACGAGAAAGGUCAAAAAAGAUAUCACGAAAAAUACAUGGUUCAAUUGCCUUCUUAUAUUGAAGCUAAGGAGGCCUAUAAAGCUCCGUUCAUGAUUAACCCCUGGCCAACAUUUAUUGCCAGAAUGAAAUCUGAAUAUUCGGAUUUAAUGAAGAAAACAGUAAGACUUGAACAAAUUACUAACAGGAUUCUGUCAUUAGUAACUUCGCACGACACUCUUGCCGCGGAUUUGAAGGGAUGUCUCAAUUUAGUUAAGAAACAAUUCGGUAGUGAAGAUACGGAAUUGUUUAUGUGUAAACUUUGUUGGAAAUCAAAAAGGUUAUAUCACUACGAAGCUAUAUGUAGACACCUUACAAGUGAUCGCCAUUCCAUUGGACGAGUGGAUAAUGAAAGAAUGAUCGAGGUCAACAGGGAUAGGGUUAAAAAUGUUUUACCAA